AAUCAGCAUUUACAACAGCUAUGUCCCCAACGAGUAUGUCCACAUUAGAAUCAUCUACAAGUGAAAGUGCAUCAACUGUGCAAACUACUGUGUACACAACAGGUACCUCUCCAACUUCGCCAUCUUCUUCAACAGAAGGACAAAGUACAUCAGAAUUAACUUCACCAGGAACAGAAGUAGCUUCAACUUUUACAACAGAUACAUCCCCAAUGUCCACCUCCACAUUAGAAUCACCUACAAGUGAAACCGGAUCAACUUUGCAAACUACUGUGUAUACAACAGGUACCUCUCAAUCUUCACCAUCUACUUCAACAGAAGGACAAAGUACAUCCGAAUUAACUUCAUCAGGAACAGCAAUGGCUUCAUCUACUGUAGAGCAAACAACAAGCCAGCACACUCAAACCACUCUGUUUAGUUCUACCACAGAAACAGAAACUGCAACAACAGCUCAAUCAACAUUUACAACAGCUUUGUCCCCUAUGACUGAAACCACAAUAGAAUCAUCUACAAGUGAAAGAACUUCAACAGUGGUAACUACAUCAUCAUCAAUAGGUACAUCUCCAUCUUCAAUGUCUUCUGUAACAGACGGACAAAGUACAUCAGAGAUGAUUUCAUCAACAACAGAAAUGCCUACUUCUAAUUCAGCACAAACAACAAGCCAGGAGACGCAAAGCUCUAUUUUUACUACUACUACAGAAACAGAACCUACAACCACAGUUCAACACACAUUUACAGCAGAUACAUCCCCAAUACCCACCUCCACAUUAGAAUCACCUACAAGUGAAACCGGAUCAUCUUUGCAAACUACUGUUUACACAACAGGUACCUCUCCAUCUUCACCAUCUACUUCAACAGAAGGACAAAGUACAUCCGAAUUAACUUCAUCAGGAACAGUAAAGGCUUCAUCUACUGUAGAGCAAACAACAAGCCAGCCUGCACAAACCACUCUGUUUACGACUACCAAAGAAACAGAACCUUCAACAACAGCUCAAUCAGCAUUUACAACAGCUAUGUCCCCAACGAGUAUGUCCACAUUAGAAUCAUCUACAAGUGAAAGUGCAUCAACUGUGCAAACUACUGUGUACACAACAGGUACCUCUCCAUCUUCGCCAUCUUCUUCAACAGAAGGACAAAGUACAUCCGAAUUAACUUCAGCAGAAAUAUCUUCAUCCACUGUAGACACGUUGAUGACAACAAGCCAGCUGGUUCAAACCACUCUGUUUAGUUCUACCUUAGAAACAGAACCUACAAUGACAGCUCAAUCAACAUUUCCAACACCUAUGUCUGCUAUAACCACAACCACAUUUGAUUCAUCUUCAAGUGAAAGAAGUUCAACAGUGGAAACUACAUCAUCCUCGAUAGGUACAUCUUCAUUUUCAAUGUCUAUUAUGACAGAAGGACUGAGAACAUCAGAACUCCCUUCAACAACAACUGAAAUAUUUUCAUCUGCUAUAGAAGAAACAACAGUCCAGCAGUCAGAAGCCACUCGGUUUACUUCUACCACAGAAUCGGAACCUAAAACAGCAGCUAUAUCAGUAUUUACAACAGCUAUUACCCGUAUCAGCACAUCCACAUUAGAAUCUUCUACAAAUGAAAGUGGAUUAACAGCAGAAACUAUAUUGUCCACAACAGGUACCUCUCAAUUUUCACCAUCUACUAUAACAGAUGGACAAAGCACAUCAGGAUUCACUUUAUCAAUACAUACGCUGUCAUCUAGUGUAGAACGAACAAGCCAGCAAACACAAACCACUCAAUUUCCUUCCACAACAGAAACAGAUUCCAUGAGCACAUCCACAUUAGCAUUGUCUACACUUGAAAGUGGUUCUACACUGGAAACUUCAAUUUCCACAAGUAAAUCUUCAGCUUCACCACCACCAUUGUCUACGACAGAAGGACAAACCACAUCAAAAUUGACCUCAUCUAUAACAGAAAUAUCGUCAUCUAGUAUAGAACAAUCAACACGCCAACAGACACAAAACACACAAUUUACUUCUACUACAGAAACAGAAUCUAAAAUGACAGGUCAGUCAGCAUUUACAACAGCUAUGUCACCCAUGAGCACCACAUUACGAUCAUCUACACUUGAAAGUAGUUCAACACUGGAAACUACAUUACCCACAAUAGGUUCAACUCCAUCUUCACUAUUUACUACAACAGAAGAACAAACUUCCCAUAAUCCUCAAACAAUAACAUCAGCAGUUACAGCCCAAACAUCAAGCAUUUCUACAUCAUCCCAGCCAAGCCCUUCUGCUGAAACUAGCACCCAGAAAACCUCAUCAACAUCAACAGAACCUCAUUCAUCUGCAACAACUCUCAUCUCAGUUUCAACAACUCAAAACUGCCUGGAGAAUUGUCAGUGUAAUGGGUCUCCAUGCAUCUUCAAUGUAACAUCUGGGAAAUGUCAGUGUCAGUGCAAUCCUUUCACUUUUGGAGAGUACUGCAAUUUUGCAAAUGACUCUUCUUCUAUUACUUGGUCUGAAAGCACGCCCACAAGGAAUGCAAAUGUCUCUCUCAGAAUUAUGAUGAACUAUCUUCCUGGUUAUGAAAACAUUAACUCUUCAGAAUCACGAAAACUAAUUUCCAUCUUAAAACAUGAGCUUUCAAUCCUUUGUAAAAGAGCAGAUGCACAGAAUUUCAAAGAAGUGCAAAUACAUAAGUUUGUGAAAGGAAGUGUCAUUGCUGAAAGUACUGCAGUAUAUAACUAUCCCAACAAUGACUCACAAAUAAUGUUUCUAAAUAACUAUCUGCAAUACACCCUGGAAACAAUCUUUAACGAAACAGAUUCAUUUAAAAAUCUCAGCAUAGCUCUUAAUGCUUCCAUCCAAGUUGACCAAACGACCAUGGGGCCAGUUAUAAUAUCAAAUAUAUUUAAUGAUCAGAGGAUCAAUGGAUAUCUUUUUAAUCUUUGUUUUGUGUAG